UCAGAAAUUGCUGCAUCUGCUCCUUUUGGGGAGUUGUUUUCCUGCUCCUUUUCAACAGUUUCACUACACACAUGCACUGGCCAAGCUGAAAUCUCAAGGGAUACCCACUACAGACUCUGAUACUCUGUGCUCCUGUGGUUCUUCUCCCUAGUCCUCUGCCAUACAAGCUCCAGUCAUCUUGGCCUCCUAAAACUCCCAGCUUGUCUUCUCAACUCAGGGAAACUGCUGGACUCUGCCUGUUUCCCCUCCCUGAGAUAUGCCUUGGAAACUCCACACAACAUUUCAGGUAGCAGAAUAAAUUCCAUCCUUGGUUCUCCGCCCUGUCCACUAGUAGGAGUGGAGUUAGUUAUAUUCUCUUUGAACUCAUCAUGAAUUCCAUGAAGACUGAAGAGAACGAGUCACUUAUUGCUACAGAAGGUGACCAGAGUACUAGACCUGAAGUUUCAAAGGAUACUUUUAUAAAGCAGACAUGUGCUGACACACCUGUUGAUCAUUGUCUAUCUGGCAUAAGAGAGUGUAGCAGCACCUUUAAGCUUAAAAGUGAAGUCAACAAGCAUGAAACAGCCCUGGAAAUUCAGAAUCCAAAUUUGAACAAUAGAGAAUGUUGUUUCACCUUCACUUUGAAUGAAAACUCCAGAAAAUUAGACCAUAGUGUGUUUACAGCAUAUGGUAAAGCCAGUGAGAGUAUCAACUCAGCUCUGAGUGCUAAUGAGCAUUUCAGGGAAAGGAUGAAGAAUCAUUGUAAUAAGAACAUUAUUGUUUAUGAAGAAAAAACAAUAGAUGGACAUAUAAGUUUAGGAAUGCCUCUCAAGCGCCUGCCUAUUGAUUCUCAUUUUAAAAUUACAAUUGGUAAAACAAAGAGUAGUGAAGAAGGUGAACACAGAUUACAUCAAUGUGAAAAUCCAAACAUGGAAUUCAUUCUUUUUUAUGUUGUUGCUAUUGGAAGGACAAUAAAGAAGAUUGUUAAGAUCAAGGAACUUCAUGAAAAAGGAAGUAAACUUUGUAUUUAUGCCUUAAAGGGUGAGACUAUUCAAGAAGCCUUAUGCAAGAAUGGCCAAUUUCAGUCUGACAUAGAUGAAUUUAAAUGGAAACUAAUGGAAGAUCAUAAGAAAAUUUAUGGAAAACAGUCCAUUAUGGAUGAACUAUCUGGAAAAGUCUUAGAAAUGGACAUUUCAAAAAAAGAAACAUUACAAAAGAAAGGCAUCCAUAAAAAAAUUAAACAGAAUGAAAAUGCCACUGAUGAAAUUAAUCACCAGAGUCUGGUCCACAAACAAGAGAAAGAUGGAGAGACUGAAGAUGUAGAACAGAGCAGAGAGAAAAUUCUCCCACCUCAGAAUCUAGGGCAUGAUAUUAAAGGUAAAACUCACCAGACAAUUCCCAGGAGUAGAAUGUAUUACAUUUAUUGUUUGGGCAGAAAAUAUAGGAAAAUAACCUCACAAGUUAAGCAGAGGCUGCAUCUGGGUAGGCAGUAUGCUAUUGAUCAGGAUGUCCAAAAGGAGGCAACUAACCUCUUAAAGAAUUUGCAAAUGUUGAAUGAAACCAUAAUGCCUCAGUAUCCAAAUUUUAAAGAGAAGGCACAGUGGGUGAGAAAAUAUUUUCAGGACAAAUGGAAGAGAAUGGAUCUUUCACCAUUUAAGCAAUUCAACAUAUAUAAAAAGUUCUUUGGAAAAAUUACUGCAAACUCUAUUUCAAUUGCAACCUGUGAACAACUUACUAGCAAGUCAGUUGGGUUCCUGGAAUGGGACAAUAAUAGAAACACAGGCAAUGCUACUUGCUUUGUCUUCAAUGGUGGUUAUAUUUUCACCUGUUAACAUGUUGUACUUAUGGUGGGUAGAAACACAGAUCAAUGUUUGUGGCCACACAUAAUUAGCCAAUAUGCAAAGGUAACCUUCACUUACAAAGAAUUCAGCCCUACUGGUGACAACUGGUUUUUUAUUGAGCCAUCGCUUAAAGUGUCCAAUGAAAUUCUAGAUUAUGCAAUUUUAAAACUAAAUGAAAAUGGAAAUGCAUUUCCUCCAGGCCUAUGGUGACAAAUUUCUCCUCAGCCAUCUACUGGUUUGAUUUAUUUAAUUGGUCAUCCCAAAGGCCAGAUCAAGAAAAUAGAUGGUUGUGCUGUGAUUCCUGUAAAUGAACGAUUGGAAAAAGAUCCAAAUCAUUGUCAAGAGGGGUUGGUAGAUCUCCAUGGUACCAACAGUAAUGUAUGCCCUAUGUUUACCCAAAGAAGUUUCCUAUCAGAGGUUUGGAACACACAAAUGCUUAGUCAUGAUACUUGUUUCUCUGGUGGAUCCUCAGGCUCCACAGUGUUCAAUGCAUCUGGAAAAUUAGUUGCUUUGCAUACCAUUGGGCAUUUUUAUAAACAUGGAUAUAAUGUGUAUGCCCUUAUUGAAUUUGGUUAUUCUAUGGAUUCUAUUCUUUGUGAUAUUCAAGAGACAAAUGAGAGCUUGUAUAAUUUAUUAAACAAUGAGAAACUUGAGACUUACAAUGAAGAGAAAAAUAAACAAGAAUCAUCACUUCAAUAUCAUCAGAUUGAACCCAUGGAAUGUUAGAAAAACAAUGCUGUCUUCAAGAAAAUAUGCCAAUAAUUUUUGGCAAAGAUUUCAUGACAAAGGCACCUAAAGCAAUUUCAACAAAACUAACAUUUGGCAAAUGAUAGAGAAUUAAAGCUACUGCAAAGCAAAAGAAACCAUCAACGGGUAACCACACAACUUACAGUAUGAGAGAAAACAUUUGUGAACUAAGCAUCCAGUAAAGAUCUAAUAUUCAGAAUCCAUUAGGAACUUAAAUAGAUUCACAAGCAAAAAACAAGCAACCUCAUUGAAAAGUGGGUAAAGGACACGAACAGACACUUUUCAAAAGAGGACAUACAUGUGGCCAACAAAUAUAUGAAAAAAUACCAAAUAUCAUUAGUCAUUAGAGAAAUGCAAUCUGGCAAAAUGUCAUCACACUAAUCAGAAUGGCUGUUAUUAACAUGUCAAAAAAUAACAGAUGCUGGCAUGGUUGCAGAGAAAGAGGAAUGCUUACACACUGCUGGUGGAAAUGUAAAUCAUUUCAGCUAUUGUAGAAAGCAGUUUUAUGAUUUCUCAAGGAACUUAAAAUAGCUACCAUUCAACUCAGCAGUCUCAUUCCUGAGUAUACAACCAAAGGCAUAUAAAGUGUUCUACCUUAAAGACACAUGCACAUAUAUGUUCAUUGCAGCACUGUUCACAAUAGCAAAGACAUGGAAUCAACCUAAAUGCCCAUCAGUGGUAGACAGGAUAAAGAAAAUGUGACACAUAUACACCAUAGCAUACUACACUAGCUAGAGCAAUCAAGCAAGAAAAAGAAAUAAAGGGUAUUCAAUUAGGAAAGGAGAAAAUCAAACUGUCUCUAUUUGCAGAUGACAUGAUUGUAUAUCUAGAAGACCCCAUCAUCUCAGCCCAAAAUCUUCUCAAACUGAUAAGCAACUUCAGCAAACUCUCAGGAUACAAAAAUCACAAGCAUUCCUAUAUACCAAUAAAAGACAAACAGAGCCAAAUCAAGAGCGAACUCCCAUUCACAAUUGCUCCAAAGAGAAUAAAAUACCUAGGAACAGAACUAACAAAGGAUGUAAAGGAACUCUUUAAGGAGAACUACAAACCACUGCUCAAUGAAAUAAGAGAGGACACAAACAGAUGGAAAAACAUUUUGUGAUUAUGGUUAGGAAGAAUUAAUAUCAUGAAAAUGGCCAUACUGCCCAAAGUAAUUUAUAGAUAUAAUGCUAUCCCCAUCAAACUACCAAUCACCUUCUUCACCUGGAAAAAACCACUUUAAACUUCAUAUGAAAUCACAAGAGAGCCCUCAUAGCCAAGACAAUCCUAAGUAAAAAGAACAAAGCUGGAGGCAUCAUACUGCUGGACUUCAAACUAUACUACAAGGCUACAGUAAUCAAAACAGCAUGGUACUGGUAUCAAAAUAGAGACAUAGACCAAUGGAACAGAACAGAGACCCCAGAAGAAACACCACACAUCUAUAACCAUCUGAUCUUUAACAAACCCAGCAAAAACAAGCAAUGGGGAAAGGACUCCAUGUUUCAUAAAUGGUGUUGGGAAAACUGGCUAGCAAUAUGCAGAAAGCAGAAACUGGACCCCUUCCUGACACCUUACACUAAAAUUAAACUCCAGAUGGAUUAAAGAUUUAAACAUAAGACCUAACCCCAUAAAAACACUAGAAGAAAACAUAUGCAAAACCAUCCUGGACAUAGGCAUAGACAAGGACUUCAUGACUAAAACACCAAAAGCAAUGGCAGUAAAAGCCAAGAUAGACAAAUGGGAUCUAAUUAAAAUUUAGAGCUUCUGUACAGCAACAGAAACCAUCAUUAGAGUGAAUCGGCAACCAACAGAAUGGGAAAAAAAAUUCUGCAAACUACUCAUCUGAUAAAGGGCUAAUAUCCAGAAUAUACAAAGAACUAAAACAGACAUACAAGAAAAAAAACAAACCCAUUCAAAAGUGGGAGAAGGACAUGAACAGACACUUUUCAAAAGAAGACAUAUUUGAGGUCAAGAAACAUGAAAAAAUGCUCAUCAUCACUGGUCAUUAGAGUAAUGCAAAUCAAAACCACACUGAGAUAUCAUUUUAUGCUAGUUAGAAUGGCAAUCAUUAAAAAACCUGGAGACAACAGAUGCUGGAGAGGAUGUGGAGAAAUAGGAACACUCUUACACAGUUUGUGGGAGUGUAAAUUAGUUCAGCCAUUGUGGAAAACAGUGUGGUGAUUUCUCAAGGGUCUAGAAAUAGAAAUUCCUUUUGAUCCAGCAAUCCCAUUACUGGGUAUAUACCCAAAGAAAUAUAAAUUGUUCUACUAUAAAGACACAUGCACACGUAUGUUUAUUGCAGCCCCGUGUACAAUAGCAAAGACCUGGAACCAACCCAAAUGUCCAUCAAUAAUAGACUGAACAAAGAAAAUGUGGUACAUAUACAGCAUGGAAUACUACACAGCCAUAAAAAACAAUGAGUUUGUGUCCUUUGUAAGGAUGUGGAUGAAUCUGGAAACCAUCAUUCUCAGCAAACUGACACAAGAAUGGAAAACCAAAUACCAUAUGUUCUCAUUCAUAGGUGGAUGUUGAACAACAAGAACAGGUGGACUCAGAGAGAGGAGCAUCACACACUGGGAGCAGUUGGGAGGGGUAGGGGAGAGAGCAGGGGGUGAGGAGGGAGGGUAGGGUGGGGUGGGAUAACAUGGGGAGAAAUUACACAUAUAGUAUGCACCUAAAGUAAAAUAAAUUUUUUUUAAAAAAUGACAAGAUCAUGCCCUUUACAGCAACAUGGAUGGAGCUGGAGGCCAUUAUCCUAAGUGAACUAAUACAGGAACAGAAAGCCAAGUAGUACAUGCUCUCUCAUGUGUGGAAGCUAAAUAUUGAGUACACAUGGACACAAAGAAGAGAACAACAGAUAUAGGACCUACUUGAGGGUGGAGGAUGGGAGGAGGGUGAAGAAUUAAAAACUACCUGUGGGGUACUAUGCUUAUUAUCUGGAUGAUGAAAUAAUCUGAACACCAAACCCUGGUGACAUGCAAUUUACCUUUAUAACAAAAUUGCACAUGGACUU